UAUCUCAGUGCAUAUUCAUGUUUAUUAAAAGCACCGAUUCUUGGCAUGGGACCUUGGUCCUGAUAAGAAACAGAGAUGGCACAAUGGCCUCGGCACUUUAUGCUUGUGACGUUGAUAGUGAUUUCAGAAAUCCAGACCGCUAAAGCGGGAUUGGAGUGUAUGAGUUGUACAAACUCGGCUUCAGUGCGGGACUGUCAACAGACCACGAUCAAAUGUGGUGAUGAUGAGGAAUGUUACUUGGAGAAAAGAACUACUUCACAUUUAUCUCUGUCUUACUCCGCUGGUUGUCGGAAAAAAGCGAUUUGUAACAUUAUGGCAUCACUCGGUUCUCUAAGAACUGGAAGAUCACACCACCUGGGCGCAGUCUUAGGUAAACGAGAUCUCUUAAACUGCGCAUACUGUUGUAGCACAGAAAUGGACAAAAAUGGACCAUGCAAUGUACACUUAUGUUCAUGAAUUUAUAUUAUAUUUUGAAUAAAGACACAUCAUGAAUGAA